GGAAAACUCCAUGAAACUUGGAGUAGAGAGAGAGCCAAACCACAUAAACCAAACGACCACCCAAAAAUGUCUUCUUCUUCUUCAUCUCCGUCUCCGAUCUCGUCCGAGACGACCACGAUAACAAAAGAAAUCGAUCCCACCAACGUAUCCCUUGUCGAAAACUUCCUCAAAUCUUUAACUUACCCAGACUCCUCCCUCGACGAUUUCGCCUCUUUCGACUCUUUCUCCGUCUUGCUACAAAACAACAUCAGAGCUCUCUCCGUCGAACAUGGCCGUAUCACGUGCUCCGUCGUCGUCACGCCUGCCCUUACCAAUUACUUUAAUGGGUUACAUGGAGGAGCAGUGGCAUCAAUUGCAGAGAGGUUAUCAAUGGCUUGCGCGAGAACACUCGUGUCUGAAGACAAACAUCUGUUCCUCGGUGAAUUGAGUAUGUCUUAUCUCUCUGCUGCUCCUGUUUCGAGUGAAGUGGUGGUGGAAGGAUCAGUGGUGAGGAGUGGGAGGAACCUGACGGUGGUGAAUGUUGAGUUCAAGAUGAAGGACACCAUGAAAGUCACUUACUUAGCUCGUGCUACUUUUUACCAAUCUAUCAUCUCCAAGCUUUAAAGCUUUUGUUGAGAUCUUUAUUUUUCUAUUCAAUAAAACAAGAGUCUGUUUAUGUAUACAGAUUAGUUUGAACCCACGAGAUAUAUAAUGAGCAUUACUACUUUUU